AUGUUCGGCUUCCUCACCAGCCGCUGGCAGUCUGCCACCCCCCAGGCCAAGACAACGCCCACCUGGUUCGCCCACUCCGUCUCGCCCAUCCUGCUCUCCGUCGCAAAGAAGGCGUGCACCCACCCAAUCCACACCAUCGUCACCAUCGCCGUCCUCGGCAGCUAUUCGUAUCUGGGCGUCUUGGACCAGGGCCUGCUCGAUACCGAGGAUGCACACACCGGCCGCGUUGACCUGCAGACACUGCUGUCCGGCAGCAAGCAGCUGAGCGUCGGGCCCGAGACCAACUGGCAGUGGCAGGCCGACGACACAGCCGCUGGCGUGCACGCCCGGGAGCUUGCUCUCAUCACCCUCGUCUUCCCCGAAGCCAGCGUCCCCAACUCGGCGCCCUCGCAGAACUCGGUCCCCACCAAUCUCUCCGUCGAGCGCCUCCCCAGCUCCUCGAGCUCCUUCUCGACCCUGUCGCAAGACACCUCGCUUGCCUACUCCGUCCCCUACCCCGAGGCCUCCGACUUCCUCAUGGCCAUGCAAGAGAUCUCCGCACCCGCCGAUGUCGCCCAUGUGCAGCGCUCUGACAAGGAGGGCACACGUGAGGAGAAGAAGUGGAUGAUGCGCGCCUCCAAGAGCGGCAACACGCCAGGAGGUGUGCGCACCUGGAUCAACGAUUCGUGGACCUUGUUUGUCGAUUUGCUCAAGAACGCCGAUACAGGCGACAUCAUCAUCAUGGCUCUCGGCUACCUCGCUAUGCACUUGACCUUUGUCUCGCUGUUCCUCGCAAUGAAGCAACUAGGGUCCAACUUCUGGCUCGCUACUGCCGUGCUUCUCCAGUCCGCGUUCGCUUUUCUGUUCGCCCUGGGCAUCACCGUCUACCUCGGCGUGCCAAUCAACAUGAUCUUGCUGUCCGAGGGCCUGCCUUUCCUGGUAGUCAUCAUCGGAUUCGAGAAGCCCAUCGUCUUGACAAAGGCUGUGCUUUCAGCUGCUUUGGACGCUCGCCGAGCUGCGGAGGACAACCGCGGAGAGCCCCUCACCAUUCAGUCUGCCGUCCAGACCGCCAUCAAGAGGACCGGAUUUGAGAUUGUCCGGGACUAUUUUUUCGAGAUCUUAAUCCUGGUAGCAGGAGCUAUGUCUGGAAUCCAAGGCGGACUGCGACAGUUCUGCUUCCUCGGCGCGUGGAUCUUGUUCUUUGACUCCAUCAUGCUGUUAACCUUCUACACUGCAAUCCUCACCAUCAAGCUCGAGAUCAACCGCAUCAAGCGCCACGUAGCGCUGCGACGCGCAUUGGAGGAUGACGGCAUUGACGGCAAGGUGGCUGAGAACGUCGCACGUAGCAGCGAGUGGCCUAGUAACUCUGGGGACGUCCAGCUUCGCUCCAACACCACUACCAUUUUCGGCAAGAAGAUUACGGUCCCCAAGUUCAAAGUCAUCAUGGUUGCAGGAUUCUUCCUGGUUAAUUUCCUGAAUCUGGCUACCUAUCGAUUUGGCUUGACCCAGGCUCAGGGCUCCCAUGGGACGAGUGUGGGUGUAUCGCCUCCUCUCGAUCCCUUCAAGGUCGCUGGAAGCGGACUGGACCACAUUCUCGAGCAGGCCAAAAGCACUGGAGUCGGCACGCUCGUUACGGUACUGAUGCCCAUCAAAUACCAACUCGAGUACCCGUCUAUUCACUACGCUGAACCCAAUGUCAUCGAGUCCGAUUCAGCUUUCGGUGCCAACAUCAGCAACCACAUCGUCGACGGAGUUCUCAAGAGUCUGGAAGACCCUUUCCUCAGCAAAUGGAUCGUGCUUGCACUUGUCAUGAGCGUGGUCUUGAAUGGCUACCUCUUCAACGCUGCACGUCUGACUAUCAAGGACCCGCACAAGGCUCUUGAGCCGCCUUCACCAUCAGAAGUUCAAGAUGGAGCUCCCUCCACCACACAGUCUCGUGUUCCUUCCAUGUCUGUACCCACACCACCAAGGACCCCCGGGCCUGAGGAUCAAGCUGGCCGCGGCGGCAUCAAGCCAUUCACUGAGAUUGCGCCUCGGCCCGCUGCCGUGCCACAGAGACUUCAGGUCGACACUCCUGCCGGCCCUACCGAGCACCAGCAGAAGCAGCCCAAUCGGCCUAUGGAAAUCCUCGACCAGAUGCUCAAGGAGAAGAAUGCCCCCAAGAUGACCGAUGAGGAGCUGAUUGAACUUUCUCUCAAAGGCAAGAUUCCCGGAUAUGCUCUUGAGAAGACUCUGGGUGACAAGACCCGCGCUGUAAAGAUUCGACGUGGUCUGGUUUCACGCACACACGCAACACGCGAGACAUCGACACUCUUGGAACGUUCUCUCCUGCCGUACGAGAAUUAUAACUACGAUCUCGUCCACGGCGCAUGCUGUGAGAACGUCAUCGGCUACUUACCUCUGCCUCUCGGUGUCGCGGGACCUAUCCUUGUCGACGGCCAGAACUACUUCCUCCCCAUGGCUACCACCGAGGGCGUCUUGGUUGCCUCGACAUCGCGCGGUGCUAAGGCAAUCAACGCUGGUGGCGGUGCUGUAACUGUUGUCACGAACGAUGGUAUGACUCGAGGACCUUGUAUAGGAUUUGACAGCUUGGCUCGUGCCGGUGCUGCCAAGAACUGGCUCGACUCCGAGGAAGGGCAGAAGACUAUGGCGGACGCCUUCAACUCGACGUCUCGUUUCGCAAGGCUCCGAACACUCAAGAGCGCCAUCGCCGGCACCAAUCUCUACGUACGCUUCAGGGCCACGACUGGUGACGCCAUGGGUAUGAACAUGAUCUCCAAGGGUGUCGAGCAUGCCCUGACCGUUAUGGCCACGGACUGCGGCUUCGACGACAUGCGUGUCGUGACUGUGUCUGGUAACUACUGCACCGACAAGAAGGCCGCCGCCAUCAACUGGAUCGACGGCCGUGGCAAGGGUGUCGUCGCCGAAGCCAUCAUUCCCGGCGCCGUCGUCAAGUCCGUCCUGAAGUGCGAAGUCGACGAUCUUGUGCAAAUGAACAUCUCCAAGAACCUCAUCGGUUCGGCUAUGGCCGGCUCAAUUGGUGGUUUUAACGCUCAUGCUGCCAACAUUGUCGCUGCCAUCUUCCUCGCCACAGGUCAGGAUCCUGCGCAAGUCGUGGAAAGCGCAAACUGCAUCACCAUCAUGAACAACGUGAACGGAAACCUCCAGAUUUCCGUGUCCAUGCCCUCGAUCGAAGUCGGCACAAUCGGCGGUGGCACAAUCCUCGAGCCCCAAUCCGCCAUGCUCGAUCUCCUCGGCGUACGCGGUGCCCACCAAGAAACACCCGGCGACAACGCGCGCCAGCUAGCCCGCGUCAUCGCCGCCGGUGUCCUGGCGGGCGAGCUGAGUCUGAACAGUGCGUUGUGUGCAGGCCACCUGGUCAAGGCGCACAUGGCACACAACAGGAGCAACGUGCCAUCGAGAGCACCCACCCCUGCACCGCAGACCCCCGCUGGAAACGGGUCGCAAACACCAAUCACAAACGGCGGCCCGAUCCCCAGGCGUUAG